CCUUUUUUUAUACCCAACCCACAAACUUGCAUUGAAACAAGAAGAAAGGAGAGAUGGAGCUUCAGCAUUUUAGCCAUAAACAUCCACUGCUUUUCAAUGAAGAGCGGAGCCAUGAAAGUGAGAAGCAGGCUUAUUGCUCAGGAUGUGGGGAACUGGUGUCGGGUCCAACCUUUAGUUGUGCGGAGUGCGGGUUUUACCUUGACAAGAACUGUGCCGAGGCACCCUCCGAGGUAAAUCACUGCUUUCAUCGCGACCACAGCCUUCAACUUCUAGUAAGUCCGCCGUAUAUAGGUUGUUGGGGUUUUUGUGAUUUCUGUGGCAAAAGAUGUGACAAAUUUGUUUAUCAUUGUUCUUGUAAAUUAGACUUUCAUAUCAAAUGUGCUUUGUUUUCAAAGAACGUUGCUGAAAGAAGGUUUGGAGAGCUCGAAGAUAUUGGCUAUAAGGAUCCAUUGAUCUCCAGUGAAAAUGGUUACCAAGAACUUAAAGAAGCUGAGUGCUUUGCAUGUUGGAAGCCGUUAUUAGAUUCUGCAUACCUUUCUCUUGAUUUUGGGUUUUUCAUACACAAGAAAUGUGUUGAUCUACCUAUUGAAAUCAGUCACCUUUUCCAUUGCCAACAUCCUCUAAUUUUACAGUUCAAUAGUAAACGUCUCCCUUGCCAAAUAUGUCAAAGAACCCAACCUAGGGGAUUUGUUUAUUGUUGUUCACCUUGUCAGUUUGCCCUUCAUAUUGCAUGUGCAGAGCUACCAAUUAAAAUUAAUCACCUUUGCCACCGCAUACAUCCUCUUAUUCUACAGUUCAAUCCAAAAUCUCUCCCUUGCCAAAUAUGCCAAGAAACCCAAGGUCAAGGAUUUGUGUAUUGUUGUUCCAUAUGCAAGUUUGCCCUUCAUGUUAAAUGUGUGUCACCACCACCUAGUAUUAAAGGUGAAAUUCAUGAACACCCAUUCACCUUGUUUUGGAGACAAGUCUCAUUCAUUUGUGAUGCAUGUGGAACUAUUGGAGAUUAUGUUUCUUAUAUUUGUUCCACAUGCAGUUUUAUAGUCCAUAAAAAAUGCAUUUCAUUGCCACACAUCAUCAAAUUACCACGACAUCAUCACCCAAUUUCCCACACCUUCAUCCUUGGGAAACUUGAUAUUGAAACGUGGGAAUGCAAAAUUUGUCCUGGGGAAGUGAAUGCACAGCAUGGGGGUUACUGUUGUUUUGAUUGCAAUUAUAUUGUGCAUGCGAAUUGUGCAAAAGAAGAUUCUAGUUGGUACCAAUUCUAUGAGAUAGACGGCACAGAUGAGCAACUUAACGAGCCUUCAGUCUUCUCUGUUGUUAAAGAGUCCAAAGUUGGAGAAAAUGUGAUUCCCACAGAGAUAAAACAUUUAAGCCAUCAACACAACUUAAUUUUAGGCAAUGCUGAUAAGGAUGAUGAUAAAUUUUGUGUCGGCUGCAUGUUAUCCAUCUCUUCUUCGUUUUACUAUUGUUCACAAUGUGAUUUCUUUCUCCACAAAUCAUGUGCUGAAUCACCUAGGAAGAAGCACCUUUGGUUUCAUAUUCACCAACGCCCCUGUACCCUCCUUAUUUCAGAUCUCUUUUUCUAUUGUUCAACCUGCAGCUAUGAGUUCAAUAUUGGUUUCGCCUACGAAUGCAAUGUGUGUGAACAUUAUUUCUGCCUUCGAUGCGCUCUAACUUCUGAUACCGCCACAUGUCGAGGGCACGAACACCUUCUGACCUUUUACGGGACUAGAAGUCCACAAUUGAAAUGGUAUGCUAUUCCAAGGUUUCAUUGGAAUUAA